GAGAAAGGAGCUAAAAACCCACGCUAACCUGACAGGAGAGCCCUCGCUACAACCGUAUAUAAACCCAAGAUUGUCGAGGAAACUUCACUCUCAACUUUCCGUUGACAAGUAGUCCACAUCUCCACCAAAAAUGAAGACCUUCAUUGCUCUCUUUGCCCUCGCUGCCGUGGCUUUGGCCGCACCUGAGGCUGAUCCUCAAUUUCUCUACUCCAACUAUGGCUACAAUUAUGCCGUCCCAGCUGUGACCACCUAUAACACCAUUCCCACCGUGACUUCCUAUGCUGGCCACACCGUGUCGCCACUCUACAGCUCAUACUACAACCCAUUUGUUGCCCGCGUCUUCAAGCGUGAGGCCGAGGCUGAGCCCAAGGCCGAGGCUGACCCCGCCCUCAUCUACAGCAACUACUUCGGAGGUUAUGCCGCUCCCGCUUACACCCCUUACGCCUAUGCUCCUGUCACCUAUGCUGCCCCUGCCUACGUCUCCAGCGCCUAUGUCGCUCCCUAUAGCUACUAUAACCGAUUUGCUAAGCGUGAAGCUGAGGCCGAAGCCAAGCCCGAGGCUGACCCCGCCUACCUUCUCGGUGCCGUCUCUCCCUACAGUGCCUACGCCACCUAUGCUCCUGCCACCUAUGCCCCUGCCGCCUACACCUACUCUGCUGCCCUUCCCUAUCAGUACAAGCCCUACGGCUACGGAUACAACUACUACCAUUACUAAGCGGUAAAGCCAGCACCCUCUCCAGAGGCACUCAGAACCACCACCCAAAAAUGCUCCCAAGACGUCAAAUCGAAAGCAAAGCAAAUAGCCAUCAAGAGCCAAUGUCAAGUCUCAUAACAAGGAGAAAUGUAAAUCUUCUUUCACCCGACCUUCGUCAGAAACCUUGGGAUCGAAGCGUUGGAAAACCACUACUUUGUACGUAAAUUGAAAACGAAGUCCGUUUUUGUGUCUUCUUUGGCCAACUCUUAAAUUUCAGUGAUAAAUACACGAAACAAAAAAACACCUUGGUUUUUUUUAUAUAUCUCUUUAUGGCUAAUUAUUAACUUGGAGAGGGCCAAACAUUUGAGCAGUUUCUCGUUUCG